AUGGAGUCUCUUCCAGUGGAGGUGGUUGGAAACAUCCUAUCUCGGCUUGGGGCUGCCCGUGAUGUCGUGAUUGCAUCUGCCACGUGUCGCAAAUGGCAGGAGGCUUGGAGGAAUCAUCUCCAUGCGCUCACAUUCAAUUCUGGUGAUUGGCCUUUGUACCACGAGUUCUCGACCAGUAGACUGGAGAUAAUCAUCACUCAGACCAUAUUCCAGACCAAAGGCCUGCAGUGCCUCUCUAUAAUCAUGGAUGAUGUCGAUGAGUUUUCGGCUGCCCCUGUUAUUGCGUGGCUUAUGUACACUCGAGAAACCCUGCGUCACCUGCACUAUAACGUGAGGACAACGCCGAACAUUAACAUGCUCGAGAAGUGUGGUCGGCAGAAGCUUGAGGUUUUAGCUUUGUCUCACAACACAAUCACGGGAGUCGAACCCUGUUAUCAGAAAUUCCCAUGCCUGAAAUAUCUCUCAUUGAGUUACGUCAGCAUAUCGGCAUUGGACCUAAGCCUUCUGCUCACUGCCUGCCCAAAAAUCGAAUUCUUGAACUUGAUCAGUCUUGAUAUUGUAAUGUCUGAUCCGCAGGCGACUAUGGAUUUGAGUAGUUCUUCCUUGAAGGAUAUUUAUGUGGAGGCAAUCAGUUUGGAUAAGUUUAUACUCGAGGCAGAUUGCCUCGAGAAGUUGCACCUGAAGGACUGUACGCUCGAAGUUUUUGAGAUUGUGGGUAAGGGGAUGUUGAAGUACCUGAAGAUUGAUGAUGUCAGUGUCAUCCAUCUUGAUAUUGGUGAGAGUGCUGAUAAUCUGGAGAUCAUUGAUGUCAGCAAUUUCACGAUCAUGUGGGCUAAAUUCCAUCAUAUGAUCUCGCGAUCAUCCAAGUUGAGAAAGCUUAGGCUUUGGGGUGUUGUUUUUGAUGACGAGGAUGAAUUUGUCGAUAUUGAAACAAUCUCGUCGUGCUUUCCUUUACUUCGCCAUUUAUCACUGAGUUAUGAUCUGAGAGAGGCCGCACUUCAGUAUGGUUUACAAGGUUCUUUUGUCUUGGAUAAUGUGAUUGUCCUGGAACUUGGGUGGACGGUGAUCGGUGACCUGUUCUCGACGUUAGUUUCCGGGCUUCUCGAUAAGUGUCCUAAUCUGAGGAAGUUGGUCAUUCAUGGGGUUGUCUCCGAGACCAAAACCCACGAGGAGUGCAACAUGCUGGCCAGCUUUACCUCGUCUAUUGUGAGACUCAUGAGGACGUAUAUGCAUGUAGAAGUUCAGUUUGAAUAUGAGUAG